AUGUCUUCUUUUCUUGUCACCGGCGCUUCCAGAGGCCUUGGCCUUGCCUUCGUCCAAAGGCUCUCUGCUCUGCCUGUCUCGGAAGUCAGCAUCGUUUUUGCGACGGCUCGAUCCCAGUCUCCCGAGUUGGAGGAGCUGGCCAAGCAGUCUGCAGGCCGGGUCAUCGUCAUCAAGCUUGAAGUCACCAACGAGACAUCUAUCAAACAGGCAGCUACUGAAGUGGAAGACAGGCUGGGUGGCAAGGGACUCGACGUCCUGAUCAACAAUGCCGGAGUCUGCGAUUACACACCUGACGGAGUGAAGACGUUGGACAAUCUCGAGCAGAUCUUCUCUGUCAAUGUCUUGGGUGUACACUGGGUAACUCGAGCGUUCAUUCCAUUGCUGCAAAAGGGGGUCCAGAAGAAGGUCGUCAACAUAUCUACCACUCUUGCCUCCAUAACGCUGGCCCGUGCAUCCCAUGGGCUGCCCACGCCAGCCUACAAAGUCUCCAAGGCUGCCAUGAACGCCCUGACGGUGCAGUAUGCUCUCGACUACGAGAAGGAGGGAUUUACCAUCUUUGCGCUCAGCCCAGGCUGGCUGAAGACUGAACUCGGCGGCGGCGACGCGGCCGACCUGACUGCCGAUGAGGGCGCGCGCCUUUCGCUAGAUAUUAUCCUUGGACCAUCGCGCGGUCUGAACGGACAGUUUACUAGGAUCCAUCUUCCGGGUUGGGAGAACUCAAGGCACCAAUAUGACGGUAGCAAUGCUCCAUGGUAG